CGAAAAAAAAACUAUUGUUUAUUUGGCUUUGGAGUGAAAAGUUUGUAGAAAGUUAUUAAAAAUAUAAAAAAAUAUAUUUAUUUGCUUCCCUUUCCUCAAACAAACUUAAAAUAAUAGAAAUCUAAUCACCAAAUUUAUUGGUGUUUGCAAAUUGAAGUUAGAAAACAACCUCACUCCCACAAUGCCUGUAAAAAACGAUGGUGAAACUGAUGCUGAGGGCGAUGUUUCUGGAGCCGAAUCCGAACACUCAAAUUCCAGCCAGGGUCAUGAGACUAGUGCAGAAGAAGCUGAUGAGAUCGAAUCCGAUGAUUCAUCUGAAAUGGAUGUGGCUGAAAUUGAUAGAAGACGCAGUGAAUAUAUCGAAAAUUUAGCACAACUAGAAACACAAUUUACCAUUCUGCGGGAACAAUAUUACCGCGAGAGGUAUAAUCAAAUUGAAUUUCAGCUCUCCGAGGUUCGGAAUAAUCGAUCCGACGAGUAUCUUCAACCCUUGAAGCAAUUGGAUAAAAACUAUCGUAAUCGAAUGGAAGUGGCAGACAUUCUGAGACGCUACCGUAUCGACAACAUAGAGCACAAGUUUCUCUCUGAAGAACAAGCUGCCCGACAAAAUUUUGAGAGCGAAAAACAACUAGCAAUGGAUCAAAUGUACGAAGAAUUGAUGGAAAAAAUACGCCGACUCGAGGAAGACAGACACAAUGUGGACAUUUCAUGGGCAGAUUGGGGAACUGACAAGAGAACCAGUAAAGUACGUGGUCCGGGUCGCAAAAAGGCAGUCACAGUCACUGGCCCAUAUAUUGUGUACAUGCUUCAAGAUGAAGAUAUAAUAGAGGACUGGAAGGCUAUCCGAAAAUCACUUAAAAGAACCGCCACAUCAACGUGAUGGUGACCUAAUGCUUAUCAUAAGGCCUCUUAUCAGAAGGAUCAACCCGCAGCGGCUGUUCUAUCAGUUUUAGUAGAUUUUAAGAGAGAAUUUAAAGAAAAAGUAACAAAACGAUAUAGUGCAAACUAAGAUAAUAAAAAUGCAAUGAUGAUAGUUUUUCAAUUCAGCUUAGAA